AUGCCCGACAUUACAGCCUUUGACCGCUCAGCCGUGGGCACCAUGAGUGCCGACAAGCUCCCCAUUGUCGACAUUGGAGCUUAUCUCUCUGGCACUGCUACUGCCAAGGACCGCAAAGCGAGCAGCGAUGCCAUUGACAAGGCGUGUCGCGAGUAUGGCUUCUUCUAUGUGACGGGCCACGGCAUCGACCCCGAGUACCUCGAGUCUCUGCUCAAGCUGGGCCACGAGUUCUUUGAACAGCCCGAGGAGGUCAAGGACUCGAUCCACAUCUUCAAGUCGAUGGACGGGGUCAGGGGAUACCAGAAGAUUGGAGAAAACGUUACCUAUGGCAAGCGCGACCAGCAGGAGGCACUUGACAUCUACCCCGAGCCUGAGCAUCCGACCAAGGACCAGCUCAACGGCUCACAGCUGUGGCCCAGCGAGGCGGACAUGCCCGGCUUCAAGGCCACGAUGCUCGAGUACACUGAGAAGAUGACAAAGGUUGGCCAAGCCUUUAUGCGCGCCAUGGCCGACGCCCUAGGCCACGAAGACACUUUUGCCGAGCUGCAAAAGGACAACUACUGGGUCCUGCGUGUCAUUGGCUACCCGCCCUUGCCCGAGUCGUUUGACGCAGAGCAAGGGGUCUCAUGUGGCGCCCAUACCGACUAUGGUUGCCUGACCUUCCUGCUCGCCGACGAUUUCCCCGGCUCGCUCCAGGUCGAGUCCAAGGACGGCAGCUGGAUCGCGGCCGACCCGAUUCCUGGCGCGUUUGUGGUCAACAUUGGAGACAUUGUGGACGCUCUCACGAGCCAUGGCUACAAGUCGACGUACCACCGUGUCAUCCACCGUGGCACGCGGUACCGCGUCUCCAUCCCCUUCUUCUUUGAGCCGCCUCGCGACUGGCUUGUCGAGCCUCUCCGAGGCCUGGUCCCCGAGGGCCACACUGGUGUGCCGCCUUUCAAGUACUUUGACCACCUGAAGAGCAUGAUCUACCGCCACUUUGUUGGAGCGGACCAGCAACUGCCAGACAAGCCCAACGCCAACGAGCUCACUCAGAGGGGUUAG